CAGUCUUCCCAGGUGCAUCCUCGGCUCCGACUGUUGCAUCAUCUUUGUAAAUUUCUUCAUGGCACAUGUUUGAAAAAAUGCAGUAAAAAUGCCUUUGUCUUGUCGUUUUUAUCAUCACAAGUAUCCUGAGGUAGACGAUGUUGUCAUGGUCAACGUCAGAACCAUCGCUGAGAUGGGAGCCUACGUUAAUUUAUUGGAAUACAAUAAUAUCGAAGGGAUGAUCUUGCUUAGCGAGUUAUCAAGAAGGAGAAUUAGGUCUAUUAAUAAACUGAUCAGAGUUGGAAAAAACGAAUGUGUUGUUGUAAUACGUGUGGACAAGGAAAAAGGCUACAUCGAUCUGUCCAAGAGACGUGUGUCGCCAGAAGAGGUCAAAAAAUGCGAAUCAAAAUACUCCAAUGCAAAAACUGUACAUAGUAUUCUCAGACACACGGCAGAAUUACUAAAAUUCUCAACAGAUGAACAACUGGAGGACUUAUACACAAAAACUGCAUGGACAUUAGAUACAAAUCUCAAAGGAGUGGGGAAAGCUUUUGAUGCAUUCAAGAAAGCUGUGACUGAUCCCAAUGUGUUAGAUGAGCUUAAUCUUGAUGACGAGACCAAGAAGGUUUUGUUACAAAAUAUCACACAAAGAUUGAUGCCACAAGCAGUCAAAUGUCGAGCAGAUAUACAAGUAUCUUGUUUCACACAAGAAGGCAUUGAUGCUGUAAAAGAAGCAUUGCUUAAAGGUUUGGAUAAUCAAACUGAAGAUAUGCCGAUUAAGAUCAAUCUUAUUUCACCACCUACCUAUGUUGUCACGACAACAACAAUGAAUCGAGAAGAAGGUUUAAAAGCUUUGGAAACAUCUAUCAAAGCCAUUGAAGAAGUCAUUAUGAACAAGAAAGGAACAUUUGUUUUACAACAAGCUCCAAAGGUUGUCACAGAUAUGGAUGAAGCAGACUUUGCAAAGGAACUGGAAAAACUUGAACGUCAAAAUGCAGAAGUUGAUGGUGAUGAUGAUAAUCCUGAUGAUGAAGAAGAACAAGAUGAAGCAUAAAUGAUUGUGGUUUGUGUUAAAACAUUUUCAGAGAGAAUGAUAGAUUGGAUGACAAGUGCUAAUUUAAUAGCAAAGAAGUUAAACUUUAACAUCUAUUGAAACACCAUUAUGACAUCAAUUUUUUCUUGUGACUAUUCAAAAUAAUAUUUCACGCCCAUGUUCAAUGUGUUGUGUGAAAAUUUUCAUAGGUUUGCUUAGGUUAAAAUGAAGUCUAUAAGAGAAAUUAAAAUGGACAGUAGUUUGAACCUCUAUGAUUGAGUAUAUCUUACUUGUGUAUCCAAUAUUUAACUAAGUAUAGUUAGUAGUGUACUGUGUUACACAGUGGAGUGUCUAGCCUCUAAAAUUGGAAGAGUAAUAUUUAUAUUAUGAAUACUAUGAUUAUAUGAAA